GUCACGAAGUAAUGUACGUUGACAACAACAACAAAUCAAUUUAUUAUUGGAAUUAAUUUUAUUCAAGCAAGAGUUUGGCCGUGUGUGGAAAAAGCCCAAUAAUUUCGGGAGUUGAGAAAUGCAAAAUGGUGUCCAAUGGUGUGUUGGAAUUUGUGCGUGAAGACGACUACAUUGAGUACUUUCUGUUCCCACGACUUGUGGCUGAGGAGAGUAGGCGCAACGAGGAGCUGAAUGAGAUCCUUGUGCAGGUUGAGGGAAUCACCGAGACCUUCUGCAAAAAUUACAUUUGGCACAGAGACGCAUUUCGCGUGCGAGCUCGCCCCGGAAAUGCCCACUUGCUUGAAGGCCAGACGCCGGGUGAGAAGUCAAUGACACGCGAGAACAAAGAGCACCUUCCUGCACACUUGUACGGUAUUACACACUAUGGGGAUAACAUUGAGGAUGAAUGGUUCAUCGUGGCGCUCCUGUAUGAGCUCACGAAGCAAAUCCCAGGACUCAUUGUACGCACAGUGGAUGGAGAUGGGGAAUUCCUGUUGAUUGAAGUGGCAAACUACCUGCCAGAGUGGGCGAAUCCGGAAACAUGCCAUCAGUGUGUCUACAUUGCCAAUGGGGCUCUCCAUCUCCUUCAGAAUCCCCAUGAAGACACACCACUGCCCGUGCACGAAGCCCUCCAGGAGAUCCGAGACAAUCCUGCUGCCCAUCGUGUGGGCAAUGAGAUUGAGAAUUGCAUUUCUCGUCGUGCUGGUGGGUAUCCAGGAAAAAUUCACGAUAAUCUCCACUGUGCCACUGCCUUCGUGCCUGUCGGUGUGGCUGCACUGCUAAAGCACAAACCUGCCCUCAUUGCCAGUGCCAUCCGGGAGUUUUGUAGCCGUGAUGCGGUAGACAUGAAAGUUUGUCGUGCCAUGAGAUUCUUCCCACCAGAGAAUCGCGUCAAUACCCGAAUCACCUUCACCAAGUGUCUCUAUGCCAUGCUUGUGCACUCCAACUACAAUCCUGAUCGUCGUACCGGAUGGAAUCUCCCAAGUACAUCGAGUAAGAACUACCUAGCACAGAGUUUGGGUAUGAAGAUUGCCUGUGGCUUUGAGAUUCUGGCCUCACAGGCAAAACCCAAUGAGGAUUGGACGACAAAUCGUCACUGGUUGAAGUACCUCGACACCUUGAAGGGUAAAGGGUACUUCCAGGACUUCCUUGAAGGUUCCAAGGACUACAUGCGCCUCCUGGAGGCCGCUAAAGACUACUACCGCAUAAAUCUCAGUGAGAUUCGUGAGAAUUCCCUAACGGGGCAGCAACUUCUCGAUGACCUCAAAUCCAUUGAUUGCAACAUUGAGGAAUUUCGCAAAUUGGAAGCAACUCUGCCACCGAGUGAUGAUGAUUCCUGGCUCGCUGUCUCCCCGGAGGAUCUCGAUAAAAUGCUCCAUGAACGCUAUGGUGGAGACAAUGGGGAGGAGCCUGUCAAUGGAGACAGUGAGAUGACUGAAAAACUAGCCGAGUUCCUAGCACAAAAAUCCCCAUUUGAUGGGGUGGAAGUACCCACAUCGGAGAACCCACCAGUCCGUCCACAGCGUGGUGUGAAGAAGGUCAAAGGGAAGGUUCACUUUGCAGCUGAAGAAACGGAUUCCCCCGCUGGGAAUAAUGUUGAUUUCGAUCCAGAUGCCUUCCAAUCACACGUUAAGAAUCUCCUGGAUCUUGUGAUUCCUGAAGAUAAAUGGGACUCCAAUUCGGACAUGAGUGACUACGGGGAGGAUACGGAAAUUGCCAAGAAUAUCGAUGAGAUGCAUCUCAUCAAGACAAACACCAAUUUGGGCAUCUACAUGAAUCAGAUGGACAAGGAAUUGGCCAAGACAACAAUUGGGGAGAGUUUUGAGAAGAAACCUAAAGCCCCAUCUGCUACGGAGGAUACAUUUGAUGACAUUGAGGACUUCCAACCCGUGGACAUUGACCUCAACACCCUUAAGAAUAUGAUGGAGAGCUACCAGGCACAGCUUGGUGGUCCAGGCCCAGCAUCGAAUCUCUUUGGAUCCAUGGGGGUACGUCUACGUCCUCCUGGAGGUGAUCCAGACAACAAAGCCGAAGACUAAUCCCUGAGGCAUCUUCCACACAUCCUCUGUCUUCUAUCUGUGAACUUCUGUGAGCUUUACAAAUGACAUUCUCGCCGAAAAUGCACGCGUUUUUAUUGUUAAAGACAGCACUAUCCUGCUAAAAGGAGAGACUAAAAGUCCUCAACCAGCAGGAGGUGCCUGAUGAUUGCUUAGAAAAUGGGAUUUAACAUCCCUGCAACAGGAAGAUUGAUAAAUAAAUGAGGAAAAGCGAGCUUA